AUGGCCAUUCUCACUACUUUAUGGAAAUGGAGUGGCUUGCCAGCGGUCGCUCUGUCGCUUUCCGUGUCGGCUAUAAUCUGUGCAUCUGCCCUGUGCCCUCUGAUCAUAUUUCAUACUCUCUACGUCUUCUCACAGAUAGACCAACAACACUGUCCGACGCUAGUCGGAGAACUUUGGAGAAAAGUGGAAUUAGCCAAAGAAGAAAUUCAUGGCAGCAUAAGGGAAAAACGACAUUUAGCCUGUACACCUGGAGAUGUUGGCCGACCUGCUGAUCUGGACGCACGUCCGUUGUGCAUCCGCGAGUGUCCGGCUGGCGCGCCUGGAAGAAUUGGUCCACCCGGUGAAAAAGGGGAACGAGGUCUUCGAGGACGACCUGGCAUUGCGGGUGAACCCGCUCCUCCAUCGCCUAGUGGUGCUCCGGGCGAGCCUGGAGAGAAGGGUUUCCGUGGACUGACAGGGCCUCCUGGUGAGCCUGGUGAGCCGGGGAAACUAUACACAGCUAGUGGUCCGCCCGGAAAAGAAGGGGAGCCUGGACCACGGGGUUUACCCGGUGACAAAGGACAGCGGGGACGUGAUGGAGAAAACGGACUGGAGGGUCCACGUGGAGAACGCGGCUUUCCCGGUCUCAAAGGUGAAAAAGGACCACGAGGAGCAAUUGGGCCUCCAGGGCCGCCAGGACCGCAAGGCCCUACAUGGCCAUGCCAAAGUUGUCCACCGCCACGGGUCUCGCCCGGGUACUACAAGAAAUCUGUUAAAACCUGA